AUGGUACAAAAAAGAUGGUGUGGUGAGCAAAUAGAUGUGUAUGCUAAUGAAAUUAGUAGAUUAGCGGGACUGGCUGGAUUCACGGGUGAUGCUUUAAGUAAAAGCCAAUGGUAUGCACCGAAAAACGGAGAAGUGAAAGUGUGGUGUGACGCGAGUGCUAUAGCUCUGGGAGUUAUUCUUGAAGCGAAUGGUUCUUGCAUUGAAGACGCUGCAUGGUUAAGAAAGAAAGAUGACUAUGAGCACAUCAAUGUUGCAGAGUUGAAUGCUGUUUUGAAGGGAGUUAACUUAGCACUGGGAUGGGGAUAUCGCUCAUUUGAGUUGUUUACUGAUUCAGCCACGGUUUUUAAUUGGAUUAGUAAUAGUAUGAGCGAGGAGAAGAGAGUAAAAACAAAGGGAGCUGCAGAAAUUAUGAUAAAGCGAAGGUUGGGAAUCUUAAAAAACAUCGUUAGAGAAUUUGAGAUUUAUUUCAGAGUAAGGUUGAUAGCAACUGAUAAGAACAAGGCAGAUAUGUUAACUAGGGUGCCCAAGAAGUGGUUGACUACUAACAACACUGAUGAACAAAACUUCUGUGCAGGAGUCUUGAACUUGAAGGAGGUGCAUGAUGCCCACCACUUCGGUGUUGAUAGGACGUUGUUCCUCGCUCGGCAGCUGGAUCCCAGUAUAUCCAGGGCGGCCGUUCAGAGAGUUGUAAGGCAAUGUGACCGAUGCCAAAUGAUAAAUCCUGCGCCAGUAAGACAUAAUGGAGGAGAAAUAAAUGCUUCAGAGAAUUGGCAAAGAGUUGCCAUCGAUGUCACCCACUACAGGCACCAACCGUACCUGAGCAUUAUUGAUUGUGGACCAAGCAGAUUUGCUUUGUGGAAGGAGUUGAGAAUGGAAACAGCAAACCACAUAGCACAGAUUCUUAAUGACAUUUUUCUAGAGAGAGGACCAGUUUCUGAACUACUAAUGGAUAAUGCCACAGUGUUUAGAUCGGUGUUGAUAGAGGAUAUAAGCAAUAAGUGGAACAUCAAGAGAUUGUUUCGCGCAGCAUAUAGACCCAGUGGCAAUGGUAUAGUGGAACGUAAUCACCGUACUAUUAAGACUACAGCAGAGAAAAGUAAUAUACCACCAUCAGAAGCUGUUUUCUGGUACAAUAUGACACCGCGACUGAGUCAAAAUGAGGAAUCUGUUCCACAUCGUGCGUUAUUCAAGUACAGUUGGCGGCAUCCCUCUGUGUGUCCAGUUGAGGAGAAUGAGGAGGCUGCAUCUGUGGAGAUCGGAGAGGAAGUAUGGGUGAAACCUGCGGAUGGCCGAUGUACAACCCCGUAG